GGCUCCCUUCUCCUUCUCUCUUCUCCCUCCUUCCCCUUGCGCUCCGCUCUGGCCUGAAGCGGACGCAGCGAUGGCUCCGGCCGCUGACCGGGAGGGUUACUGGGGCACGCCGACCUCCACCUUGGAGUGGUGCGAGGAGAACUACGCCGUCUCCUACUACAUCGCCGAGUUCUGGAACACAGUGAGUAACCUGAUUUUCAUUGUACCUCCGCUCUAUGGUGCGAUUCAGACCCAUAAAGAUGGCCUUGAAAAACGCUAUUUAGCUGCAUAUUUGUGUCUUACAGCUGUGGGAUUGGGAUCUUGGUGCUUCCACAUGACCCUGAAGUAUGAAAUGCAGCUGUUGGAUGAGCUGCCAAUGAUAUACAGUUGUUGUGUGUUUGUCUACUGCCUGUAUGAAUGUUUCAAGUACAAGAACACAGUCAAUUAUCCACUGCUUUUCUUGUUAAUAACAUACAGCUUCGUAGUCAGCAUAGUUUACUUGAAUUUGAAAGAGCCUGUAUUCCAUCAGAUCAUGUAUGGAACGCUAGUUUCCAUUAUAGUUCUACGAUCUGUUUAUAUAGUAUUAUGGGUAUACCCAUGGCUUAGAGGUCUAGGCUAUACAUCUUUAACUGUAUUUUUAAUGGGAUUUUUUCUCUGGAAUGUGGACAACAUUUUCUGUGAUAAAUUGAGAGCAUUACGAGAGAAGAUGCCUCCUGUUGUGGGAGCUGUGACGCAGUUUCAUGCAUGGUGGCAUAUUCUCACAGGCCUGGGCUCUUACCUUCAUAUCCUGCUAAGUUUAUACACAAGGACACUUUUCCUGAAACACAGGCCAAAGGUGAAGUUUGUCUUUGGAAUCUGGCCUAUUCUUCUGGUGGAACCACCCAAGAAGCUUUGACUGAGACCCAAGCAGUCACCUGCCAUCACCUAGCCUGGCUGAAUAAAGAGAUUCAACAGUUCCUAUGGCUGAAGUGUCAAACUUAUGGAUCAGUUCAAGCACCAUUGCUACAAAAGGACUUCUCUGUGUUCCCAGGCCAGCGCAGAGCAAAGAGUUGGCACACUAGGGAAAUAAUGUUUAGUACAGCUUUAUUCUAAGUUGUUAAAACAAAGAUUAAGACACAAAUAUUUUUAUGUAUAUAUUGUAUAGCUGAUGAUACUGAGCUAAUAUUUCGUGCUGGUCACAGAAAACUAACCAUUUUUGAAGUGGAAUUGCAGAUGUUUUUCAUUCAGUUGUUCUUUCUGUGGUUGAAACUAAUAUUAGUAACUGAAUGACAAAGGCAGGCCAUUGAUGGCCAAGCUGAGCAGUUGUGUGGCCUAUAGUGAACUGAAUGCUUAACCUGAACUACUUUAAUCUUGCACUUUUAUACAACUAAUGAAGUAUAUAAUGAUUGAUUUAGAGCUUUAUUUUAUCCUGCUUUUCCACAGCCUCCUUUGCCAUUUAUAUUUGAAGCAAAGCGGUUGGGAUACCUGUGCCAUUUAGUUCCUUUUGUACCAAGCUUCCAUUUUCUCUUUAGUCCAACUGAAUACAUCAUGGAAGAUGUUCCAAAGUGACCAGCAGAAGAUGCUUAAGAUGGUGAAGCAAUGUAAGGGUUCUUGCUUGUGUGUGGAAACUGAGUUCCUCAUUUGUUUGACCAGUGAUCCACCAGGAGACUGCAGGGUGACUGUAUUAACACAAGAAACACUUUUGUUAUAAGUAUUACUUCCAUACCUUUUCUACCAUUACUUUUUACUCCCCAUGUCCCAUUCGUACCACAGAUUGACAAACACCUUCAAUGUGUGCUUUGAAUUCAUCUCUUCCCCUUAUUUGACGAGUCUUAAAUACUGGUCUGAUUUUCAGAAGCAUCUUCUUACCCAGACGUAUUGAAAGAAAGAGUAAAGAACAAGGUGGAUAUAUGAAAUUGGCAGCACUUUGCUUCCUCUGCAUCUGUCCAUCACAUGGUUACUCUGUGGAAAGUUGACCACCUUUUGGAGACCAAGUUUUGGGGGAUUAAUGGAGGGGACAGACUCUGGUUUGUGCCCUUUUAUCUACCCAGAUGAUGAAAAUUAGUAAGAAAGCAUAAAGAAAACAUUGAACUAACACAGUUCUUCCAAAUAUUAUGCCUCAUAUUGGAAGCUGUGGGUUUGACUUCAGAGCUUGGGACAGCUAUCCCACAGAGUCUAUCUCUGGGUCUGUUAGCUGCCAUGCUAUGCUGUUGCUGUCUGCUUUUGAUGCUCUGAGGGAUUUAUCCUUCUUGCCAUGAAGAAAUAAAAGGGAAAUGCUCAGACUCAUCAGAAACCCCACUCAGUAUUGAUUUAAAACAUGCCCAAAGCAGCAAAGCGUGGGAUUAUAGCUACAACUGUCUCCCAGACCACAAAGUCGUGGCUGUUGUACAAUCAGUGCUGAUUCAAAUUGUCUCCUCCAUUAAUGUUUCCUCCUUUAAUGUCUUUUUUCUCCUGUUUGCAGCUCAGCUGCAUCUUCUGUGUCCAUCAGUAGCGCUGCCACUGAUGUGAAUCUCCAAACAAGACCACUGCUUUUCUUACGUGACUGACCCUGGACUCUUGGGAUCAAGCAGACCCAAACUCGGGUCUAGAAAAAGAUACAUAACCUUGAGUGACUUCAGUGAGCUUUAAGCACGUGCUGAGAGCAGCACAUUUCAACCUAGAAAGCACUACAAAGACUCCUGAAGGAUAAUGUUAGAACAGAUUUGUUGUCUGUAGGUUCCAGUUCCAUAGCCAAGGUCAGCAUCUGUGUGUGAUCUUCAGACAGAAAGAGGUCGGAAUUAGAGCACAGAGGAAGGAAAAUGCUGCCUUGGAUCAAGUGUCUUUAUUUAUAUAUUUUGUAAAGAGAUUUGAGAACUGUUCUAAAAAUGUAGCUUAAAAAGAAGUGCCUGCCUAUUCCUCUUCAGGCUCUCAAGCAUGCUUCUGCACAGUGCAUCUGAUUGUCUUAUUUAGUCUAUAUUUAGUUUACAUGUUUUCCUAAGUUAGGGAAAGAGUCCCAUAACAGGGACAUGGCAGCAAGACACAUCAACAGUCAGUUGUGACGUCUACCAAGGAUGAGAUUAUCCUUAAGAAUAUGAACAAACCCUUUAUUUUAGUGGCCUUAGUUUUGUUACUGGAGGAUGUGGGGGCUCUAGUUGGUUUCCCUGUAAAUGAGGAACCAGAUCAUGCUGAAAAGCCACUUUAUUAUUGAUAAAGCAUCUCUAUAAUGGUUUAUAUUAAAGAAGCUUAUUGAUUUUCCUACACAUUUGCAACUAGAAAGUGUAUUUUUUCCCCAGAUCCUCUUGAACUGAAUUGUCAGGGUUUAAGAAACAAAGGUAGAAAAGCUCUUGUUUGAAUUUCAUGCUGCUGUUAGCUUUUCAUUCAAGUAUUGUCACUGAUGCUUUUAUCUUUAAAAGGAAUUAUUAUGUAGAUUGGCUUCUUUCUUCAUUCCAAACAACCAAAACCAUGCACACCUCUACCACCCUUCCAGCAGCCUUUGUUAAAGGUUAUGUUAGACCCUGAAGAAUGUAAUUUCUAUGUGUUAUUCUCUAUCCUAUAAAUAACCUAAAGUGAUGGGUGCUUUGGUUUGACUGCCUUACUGAUCUUGGGAGUGAUACUGAAGCUCGUUUUAACUGGGUGUCACUGCGAUUUAGACUGCCUUUUCUUGUGCCUGGAAAGACAUCUUUAUUCCUGUGAUGUGUUAAAUGUCUGUUAAAUUGCUUUAUAUUUAUAUCACUUGUAUGACUUGCUGGUUUCUUUCCCUACAAACCUUGGAUCAGCACAUCCCAAACUUUUCUGGCACUACAUCUUGUAUCUUUGAUCCCGUUUUUCGAGUAGGAUUCAGACAACAGCUACUUAAAGGGGAAUUAGGGAAGUAGCGUGUGUUGUUUACUAUCAGUCCUAUGGGAUGUGUCGGACAGACUUGAUAACAAUGAAUUCUUUUAUUCUUUAACAUCUAUGAAGAACCAGGACAUCUGCCACUUUACGACCAUCAGUUUGGCACAGAUCAGCAGCAAGCAGUUCUGCAGACCAUGAGUUGAAUAAUUCUUCCUUGGAAAUAAGAGGAAAACCUCAAAAUUACUCUCCCAGUACAGAUCAACACCAUACCUUAUGCUGGGAAUCUAGAUUUUUCUGGAUACAGCUCCAGACACGCACUGUCCAUAACAGAAGAUAAGACAUGAUAAACAGAAAUGUGCCAUCAGGAGGCAUCUCAUCUGUGUUUGGAUGCAGCGUUGCUGGCUUGCGGUAUUAGUUAUCUCUGGACUUCAUUUUCACCUCUGGACUUCACUGUAAUGCUUUUCCCUCUAGCACAGGGAAGAUGUGCUAGCUACUAGGGUCGAGAAGAGCACCCCAGAGUGAGAAUUGGGACAUGCAGUCGAUCACUUGCCAAUCUACCUCUGUCAUGUGUUGUAUUAUACCUGUGCCCUUAAUUCUAUCUGCCUGAACGUGCUGACGUUAGAGCAGCCUCACUUAGACCAUGCAACAGUAUUAUACUGAGCUGUGGCUGACUGUGCACUCUCCAUAAUCAGCUUGUUCAGUGUCUGCCACUCUUAGGUUGUGCUCAGCCUGUGGUUCAUCUGUGUGGAGAAGUCUGGCAGCUUUAGAAAGACACAUGAGUAGGAGGACUUUAAUUCAGAUGUGUGAAGUGAAACCUGGGCAGUUAAGUUACAUUUAAAGCUAAGAUGCAAACAGUAUCACUUGGUUUACAUGAUUUUGGGAGGCACGUGAUAAAAAGUACUGGUUUAUAAUUAGUUUAUAAUUCUCUUUUAAUCUAAUAUUGUGCUGUGCUUAUUCCUGGGCCUGUCUUGUUUUGCUGAAGCAAAAUUGUAUGAUUUAAAAGGUAGCCGAUUCUUUUGGCUGUUGUA